AUGUCCUUUUUGUCCUUUCCAAAAGAGCUUCGCUUUGUAUGCCGAGAAUCGCGAACAGAAGCCCACUUCCAAGCCCGCAAGGCCGGCCAUAUUGUGCGACUACGUGAGGGACUGGUAUCCGGAGGUCAAGACGAGACGACAUGCUUCAGUCAUGAGUUCUACUUCCGCUUUGAGACCGAUAUCCUCUAUGUGCCUCUUGCAGGUAGACACGUCAACCAUUAUGACGACUCGCUGAUGAACGGGCUCCUUCCGCAUUUUCGCAGGGCAGAAGAAUGCGACGCAUCAUCCUUGCAACAUAUCGCCAUCACAAAAGUCAUCGAAUCUGGCUUCCAAAGCGGCGGCAUUACGAACAGUCUUCGAGCGUUUCCCAAUCUUGUGUGCAUUUACUUGAUGGUCCCCGAUGAGGUCCUUGAACAACAAGGACAAAGAACACUGUUCGUCCGCGCUGCACAGAGGAUUAUGAUGCUGCACAGACGCGACAAACAAAUAGCCUUGGGAAAAUUUGUUCCCGUCGAUGCGGAAUUUGCGCGGCUCAAUCAUGGCAAGCUUGAGAUUGUGUCCAAGGAUACUUGGAAGAGCUGGAGCGAGUUGGGCAACGAUUGGGUUCGACAGAAAAAUUGGAGUGUGGAGAUGAAGGAGGCAUACCCAGAGCAAUACGACUAG